UUUUUUAAAUUUACAUAUCUUGCUCUACAGAAGAGGAGGAGAUCACAAAAUUUAAAGGACCCGAAAAACUGUUGACACGGGAAGAUAUAAAUAAAAUGAAGUAUGCUCGCAACGUCGUGAAUGAAGUACUGAGGCUAGCACCACCUGUUCACGGAUUUUUUAGAGAGGCCAUACAAGAUAUUACUUAUGCAGGCUUCACCAUUCCUAAGGGAUGGAAGGUAUAUUGGUCAGUGAGUUCAACUCAUAAGGAUCCCAAAUACUUCCCGAGUCCAGAAAAGUUUGAUCCUACAAGAUUCGAAGGUAACGGACCUGAGCCAUUUACUUUUAUUCCCUUUGGAGGAGGUCCAAGAAUGUGUCCUGGUAAUGAAUAUGCACGCCAACUGCUACUAGUUUUCAUGUACCAUUCGGUAAGAAAAUAUAGGUGGGAAAAGCUUAUUCCAAACGAAAAGAUCAAUUUUGAUUAUGGGCCAGCUGCUCCUGUAAAUGGUCUCCCAAUCAAGCUUUAUCCACACAGUGAUAUCAAGCAGUAACAAGAAAGUCUGCCGAAUCUUGUUUUUUGAGUUGUUGAACUCGUAGUUUCCUAAGUUGAUACUGUGCACCUUUAACUGGAGAUUAGCUUGUGCUCCCUCCUUAAACCAUGUUUUUCUUAUCUUGUUUUAAUAAAACAUAUCACCUAUAGUGGUUUCAUUAAAUAAAA